UCUCGUUAAAUAAGAAUAUCCUCUUAUUGGAUAGGUAAUCCUAAUUGAAUCGAACAAUUUCAAUUUAUGUACAAUGAAAUUGAUAAAUUUGACUAGAGUAUAGUUCUUGUUCUAUCAUUCAGUUAAGUCACAGAAUAUGUCUAGAUGUUCCACGCACUCGUCAAUGUAAUCUGACGUUUGUUAGAUGGGCGUUCUAGGCAGAUCGGAGAUUACGUUUGACUAUACGUCGUCCCAUUUUUUAAUCCGAAAGGAAUAUUGAACUUAUUACAUUUGCGAGUGACUACGUUCUGCAUCCUUUUUAAAUACACGCAAAAAUUCAUGACGAAUAGCAAGUAUUCUUAUACUUAGUUCAGUUUUUAAUUUUAGAUGAUACUUUUUGUUUUGCCCUCCUACCAUUCAUUUAUAUUCUAAGGAAAAAAAUAAUAUACAUUUUGUAAAUAUAUAUAUAUAUAUAUUUUAUACAAUCAAAAUGCACGAAGCAUAUAAAAAUAUGCCUAUAAUGAAUAUAACAGUGCAAAUAGAAUCUAUGAUUGCAUAUGAUGACAACUUAUUGAUUGGAACAAGAGAAGGACAAAUUUUCAUGUAUAAUGUUCCUUCAAAAUUGGAUGAAACUCACAAGUUAGAAUUAUUACGUCAUAGUAAAAAUUUUAACAAAAAACGUAUUACUCAAAUGGCUGUUGUGACAGACUAUAAUUUGUUAAUUUUACUUACAGAUGGUAUAGUUUCUAUUCAUGAUCUUAAUUCAGUGAAUUUCCAACUAAUCUGCCAGUUGCAAAAAACAAAGGGAGCAACGUUAUUCGCUUUAGACAUUCAAAGAACAAAAAGUUCAACGGAUGAGAAAGAUAUCGUUGUGCGCUUAUGCGUUGUUGUAAAGCGUAAAUUACAAUUAUAUCAUUGGAAAGGCAAGAAAUUUGAGGAAUGUAAAAAUUUUGAAUUAACAGUACCCGACAUACCACGUGAAUUAUCAUGGUGCGGAGAAACUCUGAUAUUAGGAUUCCGUGGUUUGUCUUAUACAAUUUUUGAUUUAAAUGACAAACCUAAGGAACUAUUUCCUACUGGAAAAUCACCGGAGCCCAGUGUUACUAAAUUAUCAGAUAAUUCUUUUGUAUUGGGUAAAGAUUCUCAUUCCAUUGUUAUGGAUACAAAAGGAGAAUUAAUUCAACAUAAUCCUAUCAAAUGGCCAGAUACUCCAAGCGUCAUAGCAUGGGAUGAUCCUUACUUACUUGGCAUUGUACAUGACAGAUUAGAAGUAUAUACUUUGGAAGGUUGCUUACACAUUCAAACAAUAAAGGAUUUAAAUAAAGCUAGACUUAUAUGUAGAUGUAAACAAGGCAAAGUCUUUGUAGCAUCCAUCAGUAGUGUAUGGUGCGUGACGGCUGUUGAUGCAACACAACAAAUUAGAACCUUACUUGAACAAAAUCAAUUUCAAUUAGCAUUAAAAUUAACAAGCUUAUCAGAUAUUAUAGAAGAGGAGAAGGUGAAACAAACCUAUAAAAUACAAACUUUAUAUGCGCAUCAUUUGUUUUAUAAUAAAAAAUUUCAAGAAGCUAUGGAUUUAUUUUUAGAACUUGGGACUGAUCCUUAUGAGGUAAUCAGAUUAUUUCCUGACUUAGUAACGCCAUCAACUAGCAGCCAGGAUCUCGGCGAUUCAUCGGCAAACUUACCGAAACUUCCAAAUCAUGAUUUGGAAAAAGGUUUACGUGCUUUAAUAAUUUUUCUAACCGAUGUCAGAUACAAAUUAAUAGGUGAUACAAAAACAAAAGAUAAGGAUAAUAAUAAGGAGAAAAAUGUAAUGGAGAGUGAAAAAAAUCUUACUGCUGUGGCUACUGAGCAAUUGUUAAAGAUCAUAGAUACUACUCUACUCAAAUGUUAUUUACAGACGACCGAUGCAUUAGUAGCACCUUUACUAAGAUUAAAUCAUUGUCACUUGGCAGAAGCUGAAAAGACAUUACUUAUACAUCAGAAAUAUCCAGAACUUAUUAUAUUAUAUCAAACGAAAGGACAACAUAGGAAAGCUUUAGAGCUAUUGGAAAAGCAUGCCAAAGAGAACGAUUCUAGUUUAAAGGGAACCGAAAGAACUAUCCAAUAUUUGCAGCAUCUUGGCAAAGAUCAUAUGGAUUUAAUUCUUAAAUUCGCAGGUUGGGUUUUGGAAGAAGAUCCUGAACAAGGACUUAGAAUCUUUAUGGAAGAUAUACAAGAAGUCGAGCAUUUACCUAGACCAAAGGUGUUGGAUUAUCUUUUACGUUGUCACAAAAAUUUAGUUAUAACGUACUUGGAACAUGUGGUGCGUGUAUGGGAAGAUACAAAUCCAUUAUUUCACAAUGUUUUAAUACACCAAUAUAAGGAGAAAAGUCUAGCUUCUAUGAAUGAGAAUGCAACGCCCGCUGAGAAAGAAAUAUCUCAGCACAUUAGACAAAAACUACAACAAUUUUUGGAAAAAUCUGCGUAUUAUACGCCAGAGACGAUAUUGGUACAUUUCCCAUUUGACUGUUUAUUCGAAGAACGUGCAAUUAUUUUAGGAAGGCUUGGACGUCAUCAACAAGCUAUAUCAAUAUAUAUUAAUCUCUUAAAUGAUAUACCACGUGCAAUAGAAUAUUGCAAUAACGUAUAUGAAAGGUAUCAUAAUGAAGAGAAAACGGAUAAACAAAAAAAAUCUGAGGGAGCAGAUGAGGUUUACGUAAUGCUUAUUAAUCAAUUAUUAAAACCCGAUGAUGCAGGAGCUCUAAUGGCUGGUUGUAAUACAAAGAUACAACGUAAGGCACAACCGGAUCCAGAAAUGGCAUUACGUUUACUCGAAGAACAUGCUUCUAAAAUAAAUCCUUUAAAAGCUUUAGAAAUCCUACCAGAUACAGUACCGAUUGGUAGAAUAAAACGUUUUCUAGAAGUUAGUCUUCAGAAUAAUUUAAACACAAGACGUAAAACUCAAGUUUUGAAAGGCUUACUUUAUGCAGAACAUUUGCAAGUACAAGAACAACGCAUGCAUUAUGAGUCACAGAGUGUCCUUAUGACAGAAUUUAAUAUAUGUCCAGUAUGUAAAAAAAGAUUUGGAAACCAGAGUGCAUUCGCAAGGUAUCCCAAUGGCGACAUCGUGCAUUAUUCGUGCCAAGAUCGUAAAGGAUGAAUAAAUAUUUUACCAACAUUGCUAUGUAUAUAUAUGUAAACAUGCUCUUUUUUUAUCAA